CGGGGCAGUCAGUCCGGCUGCGCUUGCAGAUCCCCCAAGCUGCCUAGUUCAGCCUGGCAGAGUCGGGGUGUUACGGAUCUGGCUCGCUUUCUGCCCUGCACCUACCUGCACCCCAGAAGUGGCUGCACUAUGGUGGGGCCGUGGCAGGGCGAUGAGGGCCGAGGGGGGGGACCCUGCUUUCCUGCUCUGAGGGGAGCUGAGCUGGUCCCCAAGGACCCCCCUGCACCCCAGCUCAGCCCAGCCCGUGUUUAUCAGGCAUGAACCCAUUUCUGCGGUGCAGAUGCCCAUGUUGUGCGUGAUGGUCCGUGUCCCGGCACCCUGGUGAUCUACAGCCCAGCACUGCAGCGUUCUGCCUGCUCCUCUCGCUCGGCUCAGCUCGGCUCGGCUCAGCAGAAGACAUGCACGCCACGCUGCUCAGUGUCCUGGGACUGGCCCUGCUCGGGGUGCUGCAUGCGCAGGACAGCGUUCCUGUGCAAACCGACUUCCAGCAGGACAAGCUCACGGGGAGAUGGUACAGCAUCGGCCUGGCCUCCAACUCCAAUUGGUUCAAGGAGAAGAAGAACCUGAUGAAGAUGUGCACCACAGUCAUCUCCAUCACUGCAGAUGGGAACCUGGAAGUCACCUCCACCUACCCCAAGGGUGACCAGUGUGAGAAGAGGAACAGCCUUUACACUAAAACAGAGCAGCCAGGGCGGUACAGCUACACCAGCCCACGCUGGGGCAGCAAGCACGACAUCCGUGUAGUGGAGACCAACUAUGAGGAGUACGCCUUGGUGGCCACCCAGAUCUCCAAGAGCACCGGCUCCUCCACCAUGGUGCUGCUCUACAGCAGGACAAAGGAGCUCAGUCCUGAGCGCCUGGAAAGGUUCACCCAGUUCUCCAAGGAGCAGGGCCUGACGGACGAAGAGAUCCUCAUCCUGCCCCAGACGGACAAAUGCAUGGCAGAUGCUGCCUAGGCAGACCCAGCUGCUGCUGCUGGCCGGAGCCCCGAGAGCAGCACAAGCCAGUGGCUGCCCCGUCCCACCCUGUCCUCAGUGCACCCCCAGCACCUUGGCAGCCCUCGUUCCAUGGCUUUGCACCCCACAUCUGUACCCCCAUCCUUAUUAAAGCCCACGUAAAACCAGA